GUCAAGCUCAAAGUAAAAAAAUUCGAGAAGUUAUGAGCGUCCGAGCAAAACUCUCUCUGUUCGAAAAUUUCCCCUCCGUUCAAGAAACCGAUCUCCUUGAUCGGAGCAUCGAGAAGAUCAAAGACCCUGAAACAGAUGUCUCUACAGAGAGCCCUCGAAGGGGAGAUAACCCUUUUAAUGGUGAACCAUCGAACCUGUCCACUAAAGACAUGCUGAUGACUAACCAAAUUGUCGAUGAGGAACUCCUUGACACCCCAAUGUCAGAAUCUCAAAAUACAGCCACAGCAUUAGCCAACCAAUCACAAAACUCUUUAUCUUAUAGGGAUAAACUCAUGGGGAAAGAAAACCCAGUUACUCUCUCCUUUAAUACCAUACCUAGUUACAUGGAGGAAGAAUCAGACAUUGACGAUGAUCCAGAGGACGACACUCCUAUAGUUUUGUUAUCAAGAGCAGAAAAACGAAGAAUCCGAGAGCCAUGGAUGAAUGCUAUCAUUAUCAAAGCUUUCCAUCCUAAACCUUUGGGUUAUAACUAUGUCUUUCCUAGAGUUCAAGCUCAAUGGAAACCGAAUGGUAAGUGGGAUUUCAUUGAUCUUGGAUUUGAUUUUUUUCUCGUUCGAUUUCAGGACAAUGAGGAUCUGAGUAAAGUCAUCAUGGGGGGCCCUUGGUUCAUUGGCCCCUACUAUCUCACCAUAAGAAGGUGGGAACCCAACUUUGACCCGGAAGAGGCCAUUCGCACCACUACCACCACGGCUGUUUGGGCUAGACUCCCUAAUCUCUCAGCUGAUUAUUAUGACCCUAUUACUCUCCAGAAGAUUGGGAAUAAGAUAGGCUCGCUCCUUAGGGUCGAUGCCCAUACAGCUCAUCACACCAGGGGCCAGUAUGCAAGGGUGUGUGUCCAAAUUGAUAUUGCACAACCUGUUGCUAAGUAUAUCAGAAUUGGAAGGAAAAAACAGAGGGUCAUUUAUGAAGGGGUCAGUGCUCUGUGCUUUCAUUGUGGGCGCAUUGGCCACAGAAAUAACCAAUGCCUUCAGCUCAAUAUUACCUCCGAGAUCAUUAAUGAAGCUGCUAACACUGCUACUCUGCCAACUCAUGCUUCAAACUCUACAUUCCCCAACGAUUAUGGCCCCUGGUUACUAGUGGAGCGAUGCAGAGCCAAAAGGAAACCUCCCUCAAACUCGUCAGCACUGGAGAAGACACCGGCAAACCCCAAAGCUAAGGACGUCCGUGACUCGGGCAAUUCAACGCGUAACACUAGUCCCAAAACUCAGCGAGUCACGAACAACUCUCUUUCAAAUCAACAGAACGGUAAUGUUCUCAAUGCAAUAAAUGUUGAUCAAUCUUCGAAGCAAGGUCCAACGGUCCACAAAGCCAAAACCCCUCUUGUGGAUUAUUCCAAACCGGAACCCAAAACCCAUCUAUGGGUCAGCAAAACUUCUGCCAAGGUUCAAGGCCCACCCAUGAGCACCUCCAUUCAAGAGCCCAAAUACAAACCCAAGUCCUCUCAUACCCAAGGCCAGCCUUCUCACCAGGCUAAUAUUCCCGAACCUAAUUUUAGAUCUGAUAUUCAUAGGCUUUCUGUACCCCAACAAGACCCUUCUUCUUACUCUCCUAAUUCGAUUCAGCCUACCCACCCCACUCCCGAUCAUUUCACCUCCACUAGCACUUUCGGAACCCACCCCCAAUCCCAAUCUCCCCAAACCUCUUCUUCCCCCCUACCUAGCCAUGGAUCCGCCCCAGUUUCUGAAACUUGCUCCGAAAACACAGAUGUUUCUUGUAGAGAACCAGCUAACCGUCCGGAUGGAGACAGCUGUGGAGUGGAUGCUGGAUUGCACAUCCCCCAGGGGUUCCAAAUGGUCGUUGAAUCAAUUGUUCACAGCGUGGAGAACUCCCAUUCUCACCAACAUGGAGGUGAACCUCCCAGAGAUAGCCCAUUUGAUCCCCCCAGCCGAGGAAAAUCCAAAUUUAAAAGAGUCAUGUCGGAUCGGGAAUCUCGGAUUGAUAGAAGGCGCCAAAGUGCUCGACGAGGAGUUGAGCCUUAUCAAGCCACUUCUUUUGACAAGCUAUGCUUACCAAAACCACCUGAAGAUCGUCCAACUAGAGGGGAAAAUGGAACACAUUCUUCUAGUACUGAAAACCCUGUGGUCCUUAGAGACCCACACCGAGAGGGACUUCCAAAUCCUUUUCCUACCAUAUCAUUUUCCCCUAGCCAGGUUCCUCUCAUGGACAUUUCAAUCCCUACUGCCGGUGUUCAAUCCGUUGAGAGCCCAGAUAGCAUUGGGGCUAUCAACCACUCUUGAUUGGUCUAUGAAGAUUAUCUCAUGGAAUUGUCGGGGGGCACUCAAAGCAGGAUUUCGGAAAAGUGUCACGGAUCUUAUAAGGAUUCACAACCCAGCUAUGCUCCUUAUUCUUGAAACAAAAAUUUCUUGUCCUG